CUUCCACACUUUAAAAAGCUAUGUUACUGAGGAGAGUUGGAAUGUGUUCUGGGAGUGGGUGUGUUUGCUUGAGUUCAGUGUGUGCAGAAAAGGCAAGCUUCCACAGCCAUUUACACAUUUCCCUCCUCAGCGAUGGGUACACAGACAGCCAAGCUCCUGGACUAAGUCUCUGAACGUGUAUCUGACACUUCCCCUUACUGAGCUCCGGAGGCUCCUUCUUGCUGAGCUCCGGAGGCUCCCAGUGACCUCUUGAUAAUCAGCCUUGGUGGGGCCCAAAUCCCCACCCCUUGGAAAACUCACUGAGCCUGACAUCUGCCUGUAAGCAGCUGUCAGGAACGAUCUCACAAACGCCCACCCAAUCUCUCUUGGUAGCAAACUGUCAAAUCAUGCCCAUUUCCUCAAAAGAUGGUGGAGGACUUAGCAGCCUCCUAUAUUGCUCUGAAAUUAGAGAAUGAAAUUCUGCAGGCUCAAGUGCAGCGGCUGAUGGAAGAAAAUGCUACCCUCCGGGCCCAGAUCUCAGAGCUUCAGAAGUCACAAACAGCUAAGGAGGAUGAUCUACUCCGAAAGUCCUCAGAGGCCAAGGAGCCCCAGAAGCUCCCAGAGCACACGAAUCCCCCAGCAGCCUGGGAGUCCCAAAAGACCCCAGAGUUCAAGGAGCCCCAGAAGCCACCAGAGCCACAGGAGCUUCCGCCCUGGGAACCCCCAGCAGCCUGGGAGCUCCAGGAGGCCCCAGCAUCCCCAGAGUCCCUGGAGCCUCCCGCAACUCAGGAGUCCAAGAAACCUUCAAUGAUCCAUGAGAUCCCAGCAGUCUUGGAGGGCCAGGGGUCUGCAGACACCCAGGAUUCCACAUCAGCCCAAGAGCUCGAGAAUUCAGAACCCCAGGAUCCCCCAAAUAUUGAGAAGCCCCAGGAGGCAACAAAAUGCCAGGAGACUGCAGCACAGCUAGAGUUCCUUGAGCUUCCACCUCCCCAAGAUCUUCUGGAGCCUUCAAAUGCCCAGGAAUUCCUAGAACUCUCAGCAACCCAGGAGUCCCUGGAGAGUCUAAUAGUUGUGGAGACAUUGGCAGCUCCAGAGUUUCCACAGGCCCCUAUUGGGUUAGAGGCUACAGCUUUCCCCCUGAAAUACCCUUUAACUUUCAAUGGAGACUCCCAGAAGCUUCCUGAGUUCCUGCUUCAACUGAAGAGUUACAUGAGAGUCAAAGGGCACCUGUGUACCACUGAGGCAGCUCUGGUGAGCUUUGUUGGCAAUUGCUUCUCUGAUAAGGCAGGAUGGUGGUUCCAGCUCUUACUGGAUAUCCAAAGCCCCUUACCGGGUCAAUGUGAAAGUUUCAUACAUGUGCUCCAGGAUACUUUUGAUAAUCCCGAAAACAUGGAAGAUGCCAACCAGUGUAUCUGUCAACUCUGCCAAGGGGAGGGUCAUGUAACAACCCACUUCCACCUCGUUGCUCAAGAGCUGAACUGGGAUGAAAACACUCUCUGCAUUCAAUUUCAAGAAGGGUUUGCCAGUUCUAUACGAGAUUAACUGUUUCACACAAGCCCAGCCACCCACCUAUCUGAUCUCAUCACUCAGUGCAUCAGCUUAGAAGAGAAGCUUGAUCCCAAUCCAUUAGGGAAAAGCUCCUCUGCAGAGGGAGAUGGGCCUGAGAGUCCACCAGAUGAAAACCAACCUAUGCAAGCUGCAAUGAACUGUCCACACAACAGUGAAGCUGAAUGGGCCCGUUGGUGCAAAGGCCACUUAUGGCUCUACUGUGGUUAUCCUAGUCAUUUUGCCAGAGAUUGCCCUGUCAGGUCUCAUCAAGCCCUGCAGGCAGGAAACAUUGAGGCCUGCCAGUAA